AUAUCAUAAGAAUAAAGCCAUCAUGGAAUAUGAAGACACAUUGCCUUAAUCUCUAUCUCAUAGUUAGGAAAACACUUUUCUCAUUAGAAGAAAGCUUAAAGAUCAAAGAUGGGUCUAGAAUUGGAGCCUAUUAAGAGGCCCAUUAGAAACCAUUUUGAAGCCCAUGAUUAAGUUUUGACCACAGGAAUAUAGAAAGAGUCUGAUGACAGUGACAUGCGUGAAUGGUGAAUGAAUGUCAUACACACCCAUAAUUGUAGUGCGUGCGUGGCAUGGCGAGUCUCACCAAACCAGAAGAUACGGUGUCGUUUUAUGCACGAGGGUUAAGGGUAUCAGCAAACUCUUCUCACAGUAGCCAUAGAAAAAGAGAACAAAAUAUCUCGAGAAGGGUAUAUUAGUAAAAAAUUUCAUUCCCUUUGAACAAAGGAUUACGCCAAUUCGAGUUUUCAACAUCAACCACAAUUUCGCUUUUUUUCUCUCCUUCUUCUCUCUCACUUUCUGUUAAAGCUUCCCUCUCUCCCACCGCACCGCAACGAAGAAGAAGCGGUGCAAAAAAAUUCACGGGCGACGGAGGAGAUAUUUCGUAUCCUAAUGUGUCUCAUGGCGUUAUCCGACGCGGUUCUCGGGAAUCUCGCGACGAUCUACGUGGCGGUGAUUAUCGCGAUUAAGGCUUACGGAUUGAUCACAGGGAAGAGUUUCAGCGCUGGAUUCGUCGUCGUUGUUUCGAUUACGGCGGUAGGAGUUUUGCUGGCGGUUACGCUCGCUUGGGAUGUGUCUCGUAGAGCAGCGGAAGCGGUUUCGAGGUACAAUCGUGUUGGUGUUGAGGAGGAUCUUAGUCUCAACCACCGUCAUCAUCACGACGGUGGUGGUGGGAGUAGUUGUAAAGGAGGGAUUUGCUGGCACGGUGUUGCGGUUAGGUCGCCUGCUUCACAAGUUCGAUUUAGGCUUCCGCAACACAUUCCCUACGGCGCUUUCUGAGUACAUAUACUUUAAACUUUUCCCUUUUUUGACUGUUUUUUUUUUUUUUUCCUUUGUUUAAAAAAAAAGUUUGCAGGUGAAGUAGGUGAUAACAUGUAUUAUUAGAUAUAAGUUUCGUGUAUAAUAGAUGAUGAGGAAUAAGGUGUUGUUCUUGUUACUCUGAAGUUAGGGAGGUUCUUUUGUUUGUUUUUGUAUUGAUAUAUAUUUGUAAAAUUUGUUAGUGAUAUGAUAGAUACAUGUUUCUUGUUUCUAAAAAAAAUUGGUAUUGGAUCAAGAGUUUGUACCGGUAUUGUAUUAUAUGAACGGAAGCAUAUCAUGAAAAGCCUUUUUGAUCUA